AUGACUCACACUCUUUACCUUGCCCCUUUUGCUUUGUAUCCAAUAAAUAUCAGUGCAGCCUGGCAUUCGGGGCCAAUACGUCUCCGCGUCUUGGUGGUAGUGGUCCCCCGGACCCAGCUGUCUUUUCUUUUAUCUCUUUGUCUUGUGUCUUUAUUUCUACACUCUCUCGUCUCUGCACACGGGGAGAAACCCACCGACCCUGUGAGGCUGGACCCUACACUAUUCCAGGUAGUUGUUGGAAUCCUGGGGAAUUUUUCACUUUUAUAUUAUUAUAUGUUCCUUUACUUUAGGGGGUACAAGCCAAGAUCCACAGAUUUGAUUCUCAGGCACCUGACUGUAGCUGACUCCUUGGUUAUCCUCUCUAGGGGAAUCCCAGAGACCAUGGCAACUUUUGGGUUGAAACAUUUUGACAACUAUUUUGCAUGCAAAUUUCUUUUGUAUGCACACAGGGUAGGCAGGGGUGUGUCCACUGGAAGCAUCUGCCUCUUGAGUGUCUUCCAGGUGAUCACCAUCAACCCUAGGAACUCCAGGUGGGCAGAGAUGAAAGUAAAAGCCCCAACAUACAUUGGCCUCUCCAAUAUCCUGUGCUGGGCCUUCCACAUGCUGGUAAAUGCCAUUUUCCCUAUAUAUACAACUGGCAAAUGGAGCAACAACAACAUCACAAAGAAAGGAGAUUUGGGAUAUUGUUCCACUCCACUUAGUGAUGAAGUCACAAAGUCAAUGUAUGGAGCAUUGAUAUCCUUCCAUGAUGUUUUGUGUCUGGGGCUCAUGCUCUGGGCCAGCAGCUCCAUCGUUUUGGUCUUGUACAGCCACAAACAGCGGGUACAACACAUCUGUAGGAAGAAUCUCUACCCCAUCUCUUCUCCUGAGAAUAGAGCCAUCCAAAACAUCCUUGCAUUGGUGAGCACCUUUGUAUUAUGUUACGCCCUUUCCUUCAUCACCUAUGUUUAUUUAGCUCUCUUUGAUAAUUCCAGUUGGUGGCUAGUGAACAUUGCUGCACUAAUCACUGCCUGUUUUCCAACUAUUAGCCCUUUUGUUCUCAUGUGCCGUGACCCCAGCAGAUCCAGGCUCUGCAGUAUCUGCUGCAGAAGAAAUAGACGAUUCUUUCAUGAUUUCAGGAAAAUGUGA